CCCGGUGGCACGCGAGACACCAGCUGCAGGACGCGGCGGACCGCUGAGGUACGGACCUGAGGUGAUGGAGCCGCCGAAGGUGGAAAAGUUCAGCACCGCCAACAGGGGAAACGGGCUGCGCGCCUUGGCUCAGCUGCGCCCGGGAGAGCUGCUCUUCCGCUCGGAUCCCUUGGCGUACACGGUGUGCAAGGGGAGUCGUGGCGUCGUCUGUGACCGCUGCCUCCUUGGGAAGGAAAAGCUGAUGCGGUGUUCUCAAUGCCGAGUUGCAAAAUACUGUAGUGCUAAGUGUCAGAAAAAAGCUUGGCCAGACCACAAGCGGGAAUGCAAAUGCCUUAAAAGCUGCAAACCCAGGUAUCCCCCGGAUUCUGUUCGACUGCUUGGCAGAGUUGUUUUCAAACUUAUGGAAGAAACACCGUCUGAAUCGGAGAAACUUUACUCAUUUUAUGAUCUGGAGUCAAAUAUUAACAAAAUCACUGAAGAUAAGAAAGAGGGCCUCAGGCAGCUGGUAAUGACAUUUCAACAUUUCAUGAGAGAAGAAAUCCAGGAUGCUUCUCAGCUGCCACCUUCUUUUGACAUUUUUGAAGCUUUCGCAAAAGUGAUCUGCAAUGCUUUCACCAUCUGUAAUGCGGAGAUGCAGGAAGUUGGUGUUGGCCUAUAUCCGAGUAUGUCUUUGCUAAAUCAUAGCUGUGAGCCCAAUUGUUCCAUUGUGUUCAACGGGCCCCACCUCUUACUGCGAGCAGUCCGGGACAUCGAGGCAGGAGAGGAGCUCACCAUCUGCUACCUGGACAUGCUGAUGACCAGUGAGGAGCGCCGGGAGCAGCUGAGGGACCAGUACUGUUUCGAAUGUGACUGUUUGCGAUGCCAAACCCAAGACAAGGAUGCUGAUAUGCUCACUGGCGAUGAGCAAGUAUGGAAGGAAGUUCAAGAAUCCUUGAAAAAAAUUGAAGAACUGAAGGCACAUUGGAAGUGGGAACAGGUGCUGGCCAUGUGCCAGACGAUCAUCAGCAGCAACGCUGAACGCCUUCCCGAUAUCAACAUCUACCAGCUGAAGGUGCUCGAUUGUGCUAUGGAUGCGUGCAUCAACCUCGGUCUGCUGGAGGAGGCCUUGUUCUACGGGAUCCGGACCAUGGAGCCGUACAGAAUUUUUUUCCCCGGAAGCCAUCCUGUCAGAGGGGUGCAGGUAAUGAAAGUGGGCAAACUACAGUUGCACCAAGGCAUGUUCCCCCAGGCGAUGAAGAACCUCAGACUGGCUUUUGAUAUUAUGAGAGUGACCCACGGCAGAGAGCACAGCCUGAUUGAAGAUUUGAUCCUACUUUUAGAAGAAUGUGACGCCAACAUAAGAGCAUCCUAAGGGGUGCAGUCAGAGGGAAGGACAGCUUCUACCCUUAUUGAAUGUCAUAUAGAGGUCACACACUCUACACUGUUGUGCAAGCCUCCCUACUGGGAAUGUGAUUCUCUGUUCAUGUAGGUAAACAAAGGCAGACAUACAGUGUGCCAGCCACAAGAAUCACUCGUUGUAGAGAAGCACAAUUAUAAGAAAUAUACAAAAUUUGGUUGAAAAUACCAUCUGGUAAUUGUUUGCUUCCUCAUUGGUUGACUUCAGUGUUUAAGAUCUCAACAUUCUCAACAUGAAGGAUGGAAAGUUCUAUUAAAAGCAUGGUAGAAUAAGUUGUAACUUUCUCUUUGGCUAUCUGUGGGGAUAAUUGGAUUAAAAAUCAGUGUUUUCACAAGCAAAA